ACAGGAGAGAACCUUUGGUCUACUCCUUUUGGGAGGGACCUUCCUGUGUGUUACAAGCAGAACCAAUCCUACACAUUUAUCUUCGCUGGAAGUUGAUUUUUUUUUUCAUUCUUGGCUGGGAGGCACUAUCAGGAAGUCUCUCUGAAACUCAAAAUCAACUCACUGUACACAAAAGUCUGUAAGCAAUGUCCAAGAACCAAGAGGAAGAAGUCAAAGCAAAGGAACGCCCGGAGCUAGGCCAAGUGGAUGGGAUUCUUCUGCCAAAAACCACAUGUGAAGAAUGGACCCGGAUCCAGAGCUUCCAAGCAAAACCGGAUGAUCUGCUCAUUUGUACCUACCCUAAGGCAGGUACAACAUGGAUACAAGAGAUAGUGGACAUGAUUGAACAAGAAGGUGAUGUGGAGAAAUGUCAACGGGCCCCAGUGCAUCACCGACACCCAUUCAUUGAGUGGGCACGGCCACCACAGCCAUCAGGGGUAGACCAAGCAGAUGCAAUGCCCUCUCCACGGAUCCUGAAGACCCAUCUUCCUGUGCAGCUGCUUCCUCGGUCCUUUUGGGAACAAAACUGCAAGUUCCUUUAUGUAGCAAGGAAUGCCAAGGACUGCAUGGUGUCUUAUUUCCACUUUCAAAGGAUGAGCAAAGUGAUCCCUCAUCCUGGCACAUGGCCAGAAUAUUUUGAGACUUUCAUGGCAGGCAAAGUGGGCUGGGGCCCAUGGUACGAUCAUGUGAAAGGCUGGUGGAAGACAAAGGACACUCAACGUGUGCUCUAUCUCUUCUAUGAAGACAUCAAAAAAGACCCAAAACGUGAAAUCCAGAAGGUGAUGCAAUUUAUGGGAAAGCAGCUCGAUGAGGCAACUCUGGACAAGAUUGUCUAUCAUACGUCAUUUGAUGUCAUGAAAGACAAUCCCAUGGUGAACCGGGCUGGUGUGCCUCUCUCCGUCAUGGACCAGUCCAUUUCCCCAUUCAUGCGGAAAGGGACAGUUGGUGACUGGAAGAACCAUUUCACAGUGGCUCAGAAUGAACGCUUCAAUGAGGACUACCGGAGGAAGAUGGCUGACACCACCCUGACUUUCUGCAUGGAACUCUGACGUUCAGAACUCCAGUGCUAACACUGCUGAAGAGAAUUUCCUGUAAAGGGAGGAUUAAUCACACUUGGUGUCCUUAACAACUGUAUUUUCCCCAGUACUGUAAUGCCAUGGGUCUGUGGAUCCU